AUGAAUUGGACCGUUCUGGGUAGCUCUCAUAAGUGGAGCAUCAUUCUGGAACAAAGCAAGCCUCUCCUUGCGUUCUCUCCCCCUCCUGGUCCCCCUGGCCUGGUCCUUUGCCCCUUCUGCACCUGCCACGUUGCAAGCACCUUGGUGAUUCGCUGUACCGUCUUGAGUAUCCGGGGAGCCCAGGAGGAGGAGCCGACAGACCCCCAGCUGAUGCGACUGGACAACAUGCUGCUGGCCGAGGGGGUGGCGGGCCCCGAGAAGGGUGGUGGCUCAGCAGCAGCAGCAGCGGCAGCAGCAGCUUCGGGGGGCGCGGGCUCCGACAACUCAGUGGAGCACUCUGACUACAGAGCCAAGCUGUCCCAGAUCAGACAGAUCUACCACACGGAGCUGGAGAAGUACGAGCAGGCGUGCAACGAGUUUACCACCCACGUGAUGAACCUCCUGCGGGAGCAGAGCCGGACCAGGCCCAUCUCCCCAAAGGAGAUCGAGCGGAUGGUCAGCAUCAUUCACCGCAAGUUCAGCUCCAUCCAGAUGCAGCUCAAGCAGAGCACAUGCGAGGCCGUCAUGAUCCUACGCUCCCGGUUUCUGGAUGCGCGGCGGAAGAGACGGAACUUCAACAAGCAAGCGACGGAAAUCCUGAAUGAAUAUUUCUAUUCCCAUCUCAGCAACCCUUAUCCCAGUGAGGAAGCCAAAGAGGAGCUAGCCAAGAAGUGUGGCAUCACAGUGUCCCAGGUAUCAAACUGGUUUGGAAAUAAGCGAAUCCGGUACAAGAAGAACAUAGGUAAAUUUCAAGAGGAAGCCAAUAUUUAUGCUGCCAAAACGGCUGUCACUGCUACCAAUGUGUCAGCCCAUGGAAGCCAAGCUAACUCACCCUCGACUCCUAACUCAGCUGGUUCUUCCAGUUCUUUUAACAUGUCAAACUCUGGAGAUUUGUUCAUGGGCGUGCAGUCACUCAAUGGGGACUCUUACCAAGGGGCCCAGGUUGGAGCCAACGUGCAGUCACAGGUGGAUACCCUUCGCCAUGUUAUCAGCCAGACAGGAGGAUACAGUGACGGACUCGCAGCCAGUCAGAUGUACAGUCCGCAGGGCAUCAGUGCUAAUGGAGGUUGGCAGGAUGCUACUACCCCUUCAUCAGUGACCUCCCCUACAGAAGGCCCUGGCAGUGUUCACUCUGAUACCUCCAACUGAUCUCCCAGCAAUCGCAUCCCGGCUGACCCUGUGCCCCAGUCGGGACAGGGCCAGGAGGGAGGGUUUCUCUCCCAACGCUGAAGCGGUCAGACUGGAGGUCGAAGCAAUCAGCAAACACAAUAAGAGUCUCCUUCUCUUCUCUUCUUUGGGAUGCUAUUUCAGCCAAUCUGGACACUUCUUUAUACUCUCUUCCCUUUUUUUUCUGGGUAGAAGCCACCCUUCCCUGCCUCCAGCUGUCAGCCUGGUGUCCGCCAUCUUUCCUGCCCCCUCCCCCUCUGUCCUAGACUCCCUGGGUCCCUGCCCUCAAUGACAUCACGGAAGGGUAUUUUCAACAAUUAGAGGAAUUUAAAGAGGAAAGAAAAUACAAAGAAAAUAAUAAACGUGUUUGUAUGUUUUCAUGCUGGUGGUUUGAGGAGCCAAAUUUACCUCACUCGGAUCCCUCGCUCCCUCUGUUAACAGGCAGCCCUUCUCGUUUCUCUUCUUACUCUCACUACCUCUUAGCAGGAAUGCGCCACGUUGCCCCACUCAUUCCAGGCCCCCUGCCCCCUCUUGCUGUUCCCUCCCUGGGCCGGUUCUGCUUAGAACCCUUCCUCCUCUUCCUUCCCAGCCCCAGCUGUGCCCCGGGGACUGCCGUAGCUGGGCUUCUAAAGGUGCCACGUUUUCCGGUCUCAGGUCCACUAGGUUGAUCCCCAGGCAGGAAGUCGAGCAGCAGGAGAGGACGUAAGCAACAAGAAGGGCAGAAUUCUUGGAGGCUUCCUCCUCCUCCUCCUAACAGCUCUUGGUUUCAGAGGCACAGUCUUUGGAGACCACGUCACACAUAGUAAGCAAUGUCCUGAACCUACUGCAGAGCCAGAUCUGAGUGGGCAUGGUGAUGAAUGAACCACUAAGGAGUAGAAGGUUCUUAUCCUGCAACCCUUCAACUAAACCUUCUCACACACACACACACACACACACGUGCGCGUGCACACCCAGGCGCAUGUCAGCGCAUGCGCGGCCUCAAACAUUCAUUUCCUCCCCAUCAGUCACGUGCCACCUGCAAAGACCCACAUUAGCGACGGUAGCAAUUUGCCUCGUGAGCCCAGGAGAGGGAAUUAGCAACUCUGAGUGAAGGUCACCGACACAGACACAGUAUGUGCCUGGGGCUUCCAGGACCUGCAGCCCCCCAGCAUGGCCAUACACCAGAACGACAUACACGGGACUUGAUCAUGAUGGAGGAGGCCAGGUUGGCCGCCCACGCUGUUCCUGUUGCCACCACCUCUGGAGCGCUCAGGGAGCCACACACAGUACUUACAAUGUCUGUAAUGGAUUUGGUUCCGUUCUGGUUUUUGUUUUUAUAUGAGGGGCGUUGCAUUAAUUAUCCAAAGUGUUAUCAUGGCACCACAUUCUUGUUCUGGAGGGGCUGGAGAAGGACACGGCUUAGGCAGAUUUUGCUAGCUUAAUUUGAAGACCUGAGAACGAUGGGAAAAGAGGAGGUGAUGUUUUCAGGGAAACUGUCACAGUGACUUUCAUUUCCUGGGAAUACCCGAGAGGAGAGUACUACUAGAAAGCUAUUCUGUAGCGUCACCUGAGCUUACAUUCUUCUUAGCCAGCUGCACCAGCGAUAAAGAUGGUGGCUCUGUAACCUGACUAUAAGUGGGAGGUGGUCAGAUCUCUCGGUGCCUCGUUUUCUUCUUCUGUAAAAUGGGGAUUAUGAUGCCUGGCUUACCAAGAGGCUUGUGAGAGACUGAAGGAAUUGAUUUCAUUCCUAUCCCAUCUGUAAACGGGAAGUCAGAGGAAGUGUCAUCCCUGAGACAAAUUGGUUUGUGCCAUGGAGGGGCAAUAUACGGUUUUCCUGUUCCAACUUCUGGUUACCAUCAGUACCCUGGUGUCAUUGCCGUGAUGACAAAGAGAAGAAGGGCUGUUGUUGUUGCUUUUUUGUUGGUUUUGGUCUGUUCGGUUUCACAGACUAGAGAUAAGUCUCCACACUAGGAAAAUAGGACCCGGUUCUCUUAGUUUGUGCUUGAAUCCAGUACGUGGCCUUGUAAGUGCUUAGCCCCUUGUCACAUCUACUCUGCUUGAGAGGCCUGCUGAUCCCUUGAGUCCCAAUUUUGGAUGAAGAGAGAGAAGACCCUGAGGGGUAAGGAUGGCCCGCUAACGAGGUCAUGGACAUUGUGCAUGGUGUUAAAGACAGCAAUGAAUAGAAAUUGCUCCUGUGUGCGUGUGGGGGAGAGGGGUUACCUAAGAAACUGGAAGGUGUGUGAAUUUGAAGGAAAGGCAAAAAAGUAAAUCUUUGGCAAGAUGGAAUUAUGCCUUGAUGACUAAGAGCAGUGGAAAGACUGUGUCUACUGACCUGUGCCCCAGUCAGAACAGAGCUUGGUCGAGGGGCUUCCUGGCAGGAGCCAUCUUGUGACAACUCCAUAGUCCUGGAGCCAGUGGAUAACCUUGUUCAGUGUCAGGGGUCUGCACUACCCACGCAGGAGUACGGCUGGAUCACAUGCCUGACUACGCAAAGUACAGAAGAGACCCGGAAGGGUUCUCUUGGCAACAGGAAGAAUGAUUCCAGAUUUGGGUGGAAUGAUUGCCAUUUUAAGUUGUUGAAACAGAUCAGAGCAGAGCUACAUUUGCAGACAGUUUCUCUCCCCACAGGAGUUUGCACUGAUUCUCACCUUGCCCAGCAUCUUCCCCGCUCAGACCUCUCUGUUCCACAGUUUCCCACCACCUACCCCCAUGCCCACCGUCACGUCCAACAUGGCAGCCACCAGAUCCCCCGACAAUAAGCAAAGCAUGGGAACUCCGGCCGCAGAAGGAAGGGGAUGGAAAGAGCGUGCCUCUGGAAAUACAGCUCCCUGGGAGUUCAUAUUAGGUCAAUCCUGCAGAUACCAAAAUGUGCCCCAGGACUCCUGCAUUUACUAAUGGGAGCGGGAGCGUUCCGUUGUCCCUGGCAGCCGAUUUCCCCUGAGUAAUACUAGCCCUUGGGAUUGCCCACCUUGUAACUCUCCAUCUCAACCUCUUUUUCACCCCUAACUCCUCCCCCUGGCGUGGAAUUGACACAGUACUUUUGCCAAGUGGCACCUUCCUUACAUUUUUUUUUUUUUUAAUUUUGCUGUGGUGGUGGUUCUUUAUUUGCUGGUUGCCUUCUCUCACAUACCUUCCCCCCCUUUUCCUUCUGAGUUUUAUUUUUCUGCCCAGAAAAACCUGACUUCGAUACCAAAAAAAGAUGAAACUACAGAAACUCAAAUUUAAAAAAAAAACUUAAAAAAAAAUACAAAAAAAUACUCAACAAUUCUUUCAGCUUUAUUAACAUUUUCCAUUGUUUCUUGCGACUUGUGUCUCGUUCUUUGUAGUAUUGAUGAUGAACAUUUGAUAAUGAAUGUUCUUGUAUAUUCAGAUAAAGAAAAAAAAAAAACCAAAAAAGCGGUCUGAAUUUAAUAGUGUUUAUAAUAAAAAUUUUAAAAAUGACCCUCAUAGCACGCAAAACAGGAUGGGGGGGGCUCCCCCUCUUAUUUCUGUGACAAUACGCAUCAUUCCUGCGUUCGUUUUUAACACCAAACUACCUACAUUAAUCAUUUCCCCCAUUUUUCUUUUAUUUUCUUGCAUUUGUGAAUUAGUUCAAGAAUGCUAGAAAAGUGUCGAGUUGUGCACAUUCAUUUCCUGUUUCACAAUGUUUAAAAGUGACAGUAAUUCAUUUUGUAAACUAAAAAAAAAAAAAAAAAAGGUUGGGAUAGUGAGCAUAAUAGGUACAACCUAACACGUUAUGUUUAUUAACUUUGAGACCCAGAAAUAAAUUCUUUUCUUUCUUUAUUCCUGCUCUUUAAAAUAUAAAAAAAAAAUUAUGUUGUGUGUUAUUUUUGGUUGUUUUACUGGGGGGGCUUUUUUUUUGUCAGGAUUAUGAUCUUGCUGUUUUUAUUCCUUACAUAUGUAUACGAGGUGAUGUGAAAAAAAUGACAUUUGUAGAGUAGGCAGUUUCCUUGUACUUCUACUUCACUCCAGAAUUCAGUUGACCUCAAAGACAAAGAUGAAGCCCAUGUGGAUGUCCCAUCACUCACCUGCAUUUCCGGAGUGUGGGGCAGUCCCUGAGAAAAAACACCAUCAGGGACCUGGGUUUUCUCCUUUUGGCCCUUUAGAAGUUCAAGGAAUUGGCCCAGGAGAUCUUUGAUAAGGUAGGGAGACCCUUUUUGCCUUUGUUGACUGUGAAUGUCACGACAAAGUGCUUUCUUUUCUUUCUUCUUGAUUAAUAACAACAUUCCAGGAGCCCUCUUACAACUAGAAAGGAUUUUUUUUCUUCCAGAAGCAUCCCACAGAAGUCCUGGUGUGAUGGGCCACGGGCUACCUAGACUAGAUCCGGGAGGCCGUCCCUGGGGUCAGUCGGCCUGCUGAUCCCUUGAGUCCCAAUUUUGGAUGAAGAGUCGAGAACCUGAGCCUGACUCAGUGCUCUCCUUUUAAUGCUGAGAGGUGGAGUUUGAUGCCUUGACAUACCUCUUAAUUACCUUCUGGCUACUGAAAAGCAAAUGGUUAAACCGGCUUGAUUUGGAAUGUUUUUAUUAGUCAUAGGAGAAAAGAAAGCAGUAUUCUCUGGAAGAAACUUAUUUUAAACAUCUUUCAUUCAACAAAUGAUUAAGUGUCCAGAAAGCCCCUAGAACAUAAGCAAGAGAAGUGAAGGCAAAGGUGCGGGACCGUGGAAUAGUGCGCCGCAGGUGUUUCUGCCCCAGACACCUGCUCGCCUGCUCCUGAGUCAACAAAAUAAUGACGAGCUUUUCACAUCACCUUUAUGGUUUCAACACCCAGCUCAAAGCUUUCUGGACUCUUUUAUUUUUUGUAAACUUUUUUUUUUUCCUUUUGUUAAAACGAAUAAAACAUUCAAUGUUUUCCCCCUUUUCUCUCUUAUUAAUUCCUUUUUUUCCAAUUAUUUUGAAGUGCUUUCCUUUGGUUGUUGGUUUUAUUCUCCCGCUCCCCUCCCCUGUUCUUACUCAGAGUAUAAACCUGCAAAGUUCUGCUCUGUUUUGGUUUUGAAAGUUUAAGCUUUUCUGCUUCUGUGAGAGCAGGGGCUUCUGUCCCUUUUGAUUCCAACUGAACUUUUGUGUUCUCUAAUGAUGCUAACAUGCUGUAGGCUUUACAGUCUCCUAAUUUGUACUGGUAAUGCAUAUUCCAAAUAAAUAGUUUCUUUUUGUUGCAAAAAAUAGA